AUAGUCAGUCGCGUACGUCCAAGUUUCUUGUUCUUGAAUUGCUGUUUGGUUAACACAUUUUUAAUUUAAUUAUUAUUGAGAGUAUAUAGCUUUACAUAAUGCAACGUUUGAGAAGAAUGAUUAACAACAGUGACAGUGAUGAUAGUGAAGAUGAAACCUAUGUUGUAAGACGUCCAAGGUGGAUAAAAGAAAGGAAUAAUUAUUUUUAUGACUAUGAUGACGAAGAUUUUAGGAUAAGAUUUCGGUUAUCUAAAGCAGCAGCUCAUAAUCUUUUGAUCAAAAUUGAAGAUCAUUUGGAAUUUAUAUCUGAGAGGAAUCAAUCAAUUUCUCCGAUCAAUCAGCUUUUGGCAACACUAAGAUUUUAUGCUACGAAUAAUUCACAAUUAACGAUCGGUGAUUUUAGUGGGCUCAGCACACCUACAGCACAUAGAAUAAUACAUAGAGUUAGUGCUGCCAUAGCGUCAUUGAACCACGAGUACAUAAAAUUUCCAAAUACUCAACAGGAAAUUCGGCAAAAUCAAAGGGAGUUUUAUGGUAUUGCAAGAUUCCCUAGAGUUAUAGGGGCAAUGGACUGCACACAUGUCAGAAUUUCUUCACCCGGGGGUGAUCAGGCAGAACUUUUUAGAAACCGAAAAGGCUAUUUUUCUAUUAAUGUCCAGACUAUAUGUAAUGCAAAUUUGGAAAUUAUUGAUAUUGUCGCAAGAUGGCCUGGGUCAGCACAUGACAGUACCAUAUUUAAUAAUUGCUGCCGUAAAGCAAAAUUUGAAGCUGGUGAUUAUGGUGAAGGAAUUUUACUUGUAGAUGGUGGAUAUGCUGCUACAUCCUAUUCUAUGCCCCCACUAGAGAAUCCUGGAACAGCAGUAGAGCAACUGUACAACGAGUCGCAGAUCAGGACAAGAAACGCUGUUGAAAGGUCUUAUGGGGUUUGGAAACGAAGAUUUCCAAUACUAGCUUUAGGACUACGAGUUAAAUUAGACAAGGCCUUGGUUAUAAUUAUAGCAACAGCGGUACUGCAUAACAUAUUGCGUCAACGAGGAGAAACAGUUCCACCUGAUGAUCCAGGUUUGAUUCUUCCAGCACCUUGGGAGGCGCUCUUACAAAAUGGACAAAUAAGUUGUGAACGAUCAAAUACUCCUCAGCGAAGUAGAGCAAGAGAACUCCUAAUAAACAAUCACUUUAGGAAUCUUAUUUAGUUUAUUGUGGGAAAAAAGUUAAAUAAGUCAUUUUUUAUUAAGUCACAGUUUUUAAUAAUUUUUUUUGUUUUCUCCGCCUUAAUUGUAAUAGUAAUAACCUAGUUUUUAGUUUCUCCUGCUUUAAAAUUUCAUUUUUGAUUUUCAUUUCCAUCUCAAAAAUUUUUCUUGCUUCUUCUCUCUCUUCAGCAGCAAAAUUCAUCUGCAUUUCGGUAGCUUUUUUUUUUGUUUUUUGUAAAUCCUCUAGCGAUGAAGAUGGUAGAGCUGGUCUGCGCUUGGAACUCCAACUCUUACUUUGAGUAGAAGUUCCUACAUCCUCUUCUCUCUUACUCAUUGCCCGUAGAGGUGCAGAUUUUGGAGUUUGCAGCAGUUUUGGAGUGUAGUCUCCCCAAUCCUUCAAAAUAAGAAUAAUUUUGUAAUUUAUUCACAAAAUUACUAACUUAAUAGACUUUUAAUGGGUUAGGUAAUUCAACUAAUAGUCUGACUCUAUAAAAAAUUUAAAAGAAAUACUUUAGAAUAUAUUAUUUUAAUAUUAAUUUUUAGGUUACAUACAGCUGUAUCUCCUUGUGAUUUAUCAUCAUUUUGUAUGCUUAUAUCUAUAUCCAUAGACAGAGGCAUUGUCAUGGACUUGGCAUAUAUAGGGGUAGGAAUAAAUAUGUCUGUUACAUCAGGAACUGAAAAAACACACAUUAUUGAUAAAAUAACACUCGUUUGUUAAAUAAAAUUUAGAGAUACCACUUAAGUGAUGCUGUUCAGUCAAAUAUUGUGUACCUUUAGUGGAAGCCAAUGUGUUGCUGGGAAUCUCUUCAAUAACAUGAUUAUUACUCAUGUUAUCACUGUCAUAUUCAUUGACUAGUCCAACUACCGCCGUAGAUAUCAAAGCCAAGAUUUUGCUAUGAAAUGGGCUGUCCUCAAGCUUAGGCUUUGCAGGUCCACCACCUG